CAUUCUGAGACUCAGUGGGCUUAUUCAAGUGCUGUCCUUUAAGUGGUCUCCUGCUCCAUUUUGAGGGUCUCCUGAAGCCCCAACCAUAAACCCUUUCCUUUCAACCAUGUGUCAUAACACACAGUAAUAAUACAUUAAUGCCAGGGGUGAAUGCAUCUUGUAUAAGCAAGUGUCCAUGAAAUCAUGUUCUUCAAGCCAACUUAGUUUGUCCUGUGAAUGGGAAAAAUAUUCUGCAACCUCAAAAGCCUCCCUCCAAAUCUGGAGAUUCAUGCCAAUAAGUGCUCCGUUUUACUUUAAAGGUACACACAUAUCCCAAUGAUUUUUCACUCAACUUUGAGGCCCAAUGGCGUCAUCAUUUGGUCUGCAACCAGGUAAGAUAGUCUCUCCUCACAAUGGAGCCCCUAGCACCUCACAGCAACGUAUCCUCCCAUCCUGUCCCUGGGCCUCUUCCCUCAACUCAGGCCUUUGUGGUUCAAAGACUAGUAAACUGGUGAUACAAGUGCUCGGUGGAGGCACUCCGUAAAUGAAUGGAUGGGGAAGGAUGGAAUGUUAAUGCGUUGCUAGGUAGAGAUGAAAAAAGGAGAACAGGAAUGUUGGAUGGACAAGUAGGCUACUGAUUAGCUAGCACCCAGGAUGCGCAGGAGUACAGCACGAAAAUAGGAGAGGGUUUCUUCAGAUAAAUUAGUCACUGCCCAGUCGGUGAGGAGACCUGAUGUGUGAAGAGCCGCGCUGCCUAGAUUGAGGGUUCCACGGCGGCGCGGUGGCUCUCCGGGCCCCGCCCCGCCCCGCCCCCCGGGGUCCAGGCCGCGGUCCCCUCGGAGGCUACGGCAGCGCCUGCGCAUUGCCGUUCCAGAGUCACCAGUGGGUCCCAUCUCGCCUCCGAAGAUGGCGGACCACACUGUCGCCGGCCCCAGCGGCAGCACAUCCUUGCGGGGACUUCGAGAACGUAUGGUUGCUGCCGCUCAAGCAGUUGCAAAAGAAAGACGAGAUCAAAGUGGAGUUAGCUCUUUUUCAAGUCAGUCUCCAACUAUAAGAUCAGCAUUUAAGCCAGUAAUAGAUGGGUCUGUUCUAAAAAAUGACUUAAAACAAAAAUUAGCAAAGGAGCGCAGAGAAGAAAGAAAAAGACAACAAGAAGCCAGUAAAGAAAUACAACUACUUGAAAAAGAAAGAAAGGCCAAGCUCCAAUAUGAAAAACAUCUGGAGGAAAAGCAACGAAAACUAAGAGAACAAAAAGAAAAAGAUGAGCGGCGAAGAAUAUCUGCAGAAGAAAAAAGAAAACAAAAAUUCGAGGAAGAAAGGGAAAAAUACAAAGCUGUUCUUUCUCGCACUUUGGAACGGACUAACCGUGUUGAUCAACGGCAAAAGAGAUGGUCAUGGGAAGGCUCCGCCAUGGCAAAUUCUGAAAACAAACCUGGAAAAACAGAAAAUAAGAGAAGCUCAUCUUUGAAUAGAAGAGAAAACAAAGUACAUUCAUCUACUGACUUAGAACACAUGGAGGACAAGCCAGCUCGUCGAUUUUAUUGCAAUCCCUCCGAGAAUAAUUUAAUCAGUCGCCUGCUUAUCCCAACAAGAGCAUCAGUAGCCAGAAGCAAGACUGCUGCUUCAUUAUCCGUCCCAGGAAAAGAUACUCCAGGUGUCACCAAUCACCUCCUCCAGUAUGUACAUAUGCCCUUGCGUAGCCACAGUAGUGAUGAAUUGAAGAGUUCCAUCAUGUUCAGUAAGCCAAUAGUGAAGACACCUCUUCAGACAAAAUUAGAAAUGGCUCCCCUAGAGAAAGUAGUAACACCCUUCAAGGUAAAUGUGGAAGCUACUCCCAAGGCGAAAAUGGAAGUGCCCUCUGAGGUGAGAAUGGAUGCCUUGUUGAACAUGGAAGCCUCCCCCAUGGAGAACAUGGAAUUGUCCCCUGUGGCGAGCACAGAAACAUCCCCCUUGGUUAGUGUGGAAGUGUCCCCUGUGGUGAGCAUGGAUGCCUCCUCUGAGGUGAGCCUAGAUACAUCCCCUGAGGGGAGCAUGGGCUCAUCCCCUAAGGUGAACAUGAAAGCUCCCUGUAACGCAAACAUGGAAGCAUCCCAGAGUGCGGAAACACUUCCUGAGGCAAAUGUGGAAGUGCCUCUUGAAGGGGAAGUAGAAGCAUCACCCAAGGAGAGCUUGGAAUCAUCCCCUAAGAUGGUGGCAGAAGUGUCCUACAAGGCAUCCCCCAAGCCUGUUCAGAAACCAGAAAUGGACAGACAGACCUCCAACCCUGUUAUCAAGAAGCAUCCAUCCUCAAACAUACUAUCUAAUAUGCAGUCACCAUCUCCUGCCAGCGGGUGUCAUCCACCCUCUCCCGUAAAUACUAUCAGGCAUAUUCAAAAGAACCGCCCACCAUCACCUUCACCAGUCUUGUCAAAACAAUCAGUACAUGCUCCUCUGCCCUGUAAAAUCAUACCUGUUCAACGUACCCUAUUUGUGCCAGAUGGUAUUGUCAAAAAGAAAAGAGAAACAGUUUCUAAAUCCCCAAACAAAUGUGAGCCUGUGAGCCAAAAACAGAUGAUCUCUGAGGAGUCUAGUAAUAAAAUUGCACCAGGAACCAUGAGUGCUGAGGAAGCAACGAAAAUUUUGGCAGAGAAACGCCGUCUUGCUCGUGAACAAAAAGACAAAAAAGAAGAAGAGAGACUCCAGAAAGAAAUGGAACCAAGGAAAGUGGCAGAUGUGAUAGAGAAGGUGGACAAAGGCCAAGCAGAAGAGCUAUCAAAAUGUGAAGAUGGGCAAGAACAAGAAAAAGAGAUUAAAAAGAACAAAGGAUGUCAGCAUCAAGACCAGGAAGUACUACUACAGAAAGGGGAUGCCAAAAUAAAAGCUCAGGAAGAAGCUGAUAAACGCAAGAAGGAGCAGGAGAGAAUUAUGUUACAAAAUUUACAAGAAAGAUUAGAGAGAAAAAAGAGAAUUGAGGAAAUAAUGAAGCGGACAAGAAAGACAGAUGUGAACAUCACAAAGGCCUCAGAAAUAUCUGGCAGUAAUACAUCUGAAGAGGAUGAAGCUGAUGAUGAGGAUGAGACAGAAAGUGAUGAGGACUCCCUUGAUAAAAUGUUCCCAUCAGCUAAUGGAAAUGGCAGAGAGUCACCUAACAAGCCCAAAAUGCCUUAUAAAAAUGCCAAGAAAAUGCCUCAGAAACUGGUGUUUUUACAAGCCACAACUGGUGAGACCGAUAAAGAAAAGAAAUCAUAUUUUAAUGGUGAUUUGAAACCUUUUAGGCAAAAAAGCCUGAAAGAGUCUUCGACUCAAGCAAAAGGCUUAAAGUCAUCUACCAAAAGAUCAUCUACACGCACAGCAAAAACUGGAAAAGCAAAGGAACUCAGCACCACCACCCAAUCCAUCCCGAAUGUCAGCACACCUCAGGAGCAGACUUAUGGCAAAAAUGACAGUAGUAGUCACAACACUGAAUCACAAGACACAAAUGUCACCCCUGAUAUCCACAAACAAAAUUUGAAGGAUUCUGUGACAUCCCACCCAAAUCCUCAGAUGCCUACAGACCAUAAGAAAAAAAGCCAAUCUGUGCCUGCUAAUUCCAAUACAUAAACCUCGUACAGCCUAGAAGAUUGAUCUGUCCUCCACUCUGGAUAACUCCCAGGCCUAUGCCUCAGAAUUUGCCUGCUUCAUACUUGAACCUGGCAAAGGAAAUGACCAUUAAAACAAAAAAGAAAGGAUACAUCCGAAGGUCACCCUGACAUCUGUCUUGGAAGGUGUUCAUAUCAUUUUUUUUCUCUUGUGAGAGUUCUGAGUUAAAAAGAAAUGCUUUGGUUUCCCUUAAAAAAUCAUGAUUGUCUUUUGUGUGUGUAUCUCCAUGUGUGUUGGAGUGUGUAUAUCCAGGGUGCUUUCAUUAGGUGAUAACUAUUGAGUUUCUAAAAGAACUCUAUUAAAGGAACGAUGUUCUUUCAGCAUAUAUUAGAAGUCUUAAUGAUUCUUGUUUGACAAUGACAUCAAUUUAACUACUAGAAAAUUUGAUUUUGUGGAGAACUUGAUAGAAGAUGUGAGGCACUCAGGAUUGCUGGCAAAAUUGUCUCUAAUAUACAAAUGCCAAAGGCUGCAUGAUAUAGUAAAAUUUGAGCAUAAUAUAUGCGUAUUUCAGUUCUUCUAUUGUCAGUGCCCGGCAUUGAUACCCACAAAUGCUAGCAGUCUUGGAAAGCAUAAACUUGGAGCAUUCAGCAUCUCUCACACUCCUGUCAGUGUUUCCUUUGAAGUACAUAUUGGGGCUUAUCUACCAAAAGAUGGGUUUUAUUUGUUGUGUCCAUAAAGCAGUAAUUGGCCAUUGUCUCAUGGGGUAUGUUUAAUUCCUCUAAAUGUUGAAUAUUUAUCAUCUUUUUCUGUUUGUGCUCCCUAGUUCUGCCCAUCAGUAUAGGCUUGGGAUAUAUAACCAAAAUAUACUUGCCUUUCUCUAGGCACUGGCUGCAGGUGAGGACAGCAGCAGUGUUAUUCUUCAGUUCCCGUGAUAGGCACACAGAUGUACGUACACAUACGUACAUACGUACACACAUAGGCUAUAUGAUUCCAUAAAACUUGAAUGCAGAUUCCUUGUCCUAAUGGUAAUGAGCUUUUAGUGUUGAAUCACAAAUAGUUUGAAGCGGGCCUGUGUUCCUUUUGGCCACCAGUCUUGGAUUAGUCAACGAAGGUAAUGAUUCUUUCUGAUUGCCUGGUUCUUUGCUACACAGAGUACUGUACCUUUGUUAUAGAUUAGGCAGGAUGCCUUAGGUUUAAAACUAUUUUUAUACACUAGCUUUUUUUGUAUAAAAGGCAGAGACAAUCAUCUUAAAAUAUGAAAUGCUAUUUUUCUGCACAAAUGUCACACGCCGAAACAUUGUUACCGUUCCCUGUAACUCUGAUCUGUAUGAAAUAAACUUCACAGAUAAAGCAAUUUUUGUUUUCAUUAUAAUGGCAAAAAUGUACUGGUACUGGUCAUACCAAGUUGUUAACUAAACUAUGAACACAAGGAACCAGUAAGGUCAAGAACUAGUAAUCAGAUCUUCUGCUUUCCCUCUUCAUCUAGUUGGUGAUUAGACAGAGUUACACUUCUAGGACAGUAAGAACUCUUCUUCCAACUCUUCUUCCAACUUCUUCCUACAACUCUUAGGAUGCUGCUUGUUGCUCUUCCUGUGAUGGCUUGCACUUAUUAUCAAGGCCCAUUGUUAAAAUCUCUUUAUUGUAAAAAUCAUAAUCUAACAGUCACCAUUUUCUUUUCUUUCUCUUUGAGAUGGGGUCUCCCUGUGUUGCUCAGGCUGGCCUCAAACUCCUGGGCUCAAACAGUCCUCAGCCUCCUGAGUAGCUGGGGCAGCAGGUGCAUAUCACUACAUCCAACGAAAAGUCAUUGUUGUAAUUGAAGUGUAUGUUCACAAGGUUGUGUAGGUGUCCCCACUAUCUAGUUCCAGAACAUUUCAGAAAAGAUAUCUAUUCCCCUGGCCUUUUAAAUAUUGAAUCCUUGAAUUCAGUGCUUGACUCAGAAGAGGAAAUCUAUCUCUACAUUUCUUAAUUUCUUUAUUCUUUCUUUUGCUCACUUUUGUUUGUUUGAUUGA